AUGGUUCUCAUUUAUCUUUCAUUGCUCAUCACAUGGAUUUUGUGUCCUUUUCGCGACUGCGCCGACAGUAUAGCUAUAGUAUCGAAAUUCACCAUUACCGAUGCAGGCAACACGGAAAAGUUUGUGCAUCUCCAUGUACACAGGGACACUGGCACGGUGUACGUCGGUGCUGUGAAUCGCUUGUUCCAACUGGAUCCGGAUUUAGCGCUCGAAGAAUCUGUCGUUACCGGACCAGUUGACGAAAAUUCAGCAUGUCCGCCGCACGACGACUGCUCCGGCCAUCCAAGAGCCCUUAAACCGAACGAAAACCCUGUUCUGAUUCCGUACUACGAACGCGAACAGUUGAUCGUCUGCGGGACAGCUAACUACGGUAGAUGCGUUAUGCGAGAUAUGAAGAACAUUACGGAGCUGCUAGAAAGCGACAGCGUAGAGGAGGCCGUUAUACCGAUGGAUGCAGAGUUGUCGGUGGUGGCGUUCGUCGCACCUGGGCCGUCGAAUGCUGUUGCGGGCAGCACCAGUCACGUUUUAUACGUUGGAAGAUCCGUUUACGCUGGAUCGGAAGACAACUUACUGGCCCUAAGCAGCCGCAGUUUAGAUCCUCGUAACCUUUUCCAGCUGGCCUACAAUGACCUUAUGACCGGUACCGGCACCUAUGUGAUGGUCGACUCAACAGCGCGGCAACAAUACAAAAUCAACUAUGUGUACGGAUUUGCUUCUGGAAGAUUCAGUUAUUUCAUAACAACGCAACCGCGUUCAACGGAUCGGUAUGAACCUUUACAGAGCAAACUGGUUCGCAUCUGCCAAGACGAUAAAAAUUAUCAUUCCUACACAGAGAUGCCUCUGGUCUGCGUCAGUAAGGAUAAGACAUAUGAUGUAGCGCAGGCCGCGUCCAUAGGAAAUCCGGGAGCAGAGCUGGCCGCAGAGAUGAAUAUAAAAGUAACGGAUGAUAUUCUGGUUGUGGCCUUCACGGACCAAACAAAGGAAAACGAUCGAAACCGGCCAGGUUCCAGUUCGACUGUGUGCAGAUACUCACUGGCACAAAUUCAGCGGCAAUUUGCUAAUAACAUCCGGCAGUGUUUUACGGGAAAUGGGAAGACCGGAUUUAGUUUCAGCCGGCAAACCAAGCAGUGCUUAAAAUCCUACCUAGAAGUGCGUGAUGAUUUCUGCGGCUCGGAUUUCAAUUAUCCAAUAAGCGGCUCAAUUCCCAUAGCAGCGGCUUCUAUUCUGACGUAUCCGGAAGGUCGAAUUACAGCUGUCGCCCUAUCCGUCACCCACAUUUACACUGUGCUCUUUCUGGGGACGGAGAAAGGGGUUCUGAAGAAAGUUUAUAUUGAUCCCAAGCGACCUGCCCGCGAAUAUGAAGAAAUUUCUCUGUCAUCGGUGCCUAUUUUGCCGGAUAUGCACAUCUCCCCAGCGAAAGAAUUUAUCUACGCGGCCACAGCCUCGCAAAUCAGCAAAAUUCGCAUACACAAUUGCUCUGCGUACAACACCUGUGGAGAUUGUUUGGUAAGCCAGGACCCGUACUGUGGAUGGUGCUCAUACGAAAAUAAGUGCAGUUUGCGGAGCCAAUGCAGUUCUGCCUACUGGCUGCCGUUGGACAAACGAAAGUGCUUUCGUAUUAUCUCCGUCACGCCAAACCAGAUACAGCGUACAACAUCACGCACAAUAGCUCUGGAAGUUGGACAUCUCCCGCAUUUUAAUGGGCCACUUGUGUGUGUCUUUUCGGCACAAGGUCGCAGUCUGGAAACAAACGCCAUUCGAACACAAGACGGUGUUUCCUGCUUGACACCAAGGGCAGAUUUGUUACCUCAACUCCCGGAUGGCGGGAAUGCACUAUCGGUCCGUGUUGCGAUCCAAGAGGAAGGUACUGGAAACGAGUUCGGCGCGGACUUUGUGACCUUUUUUGACUGCGCCACGUUUAACGACUGCACCAGUUGCGUGGUGAGCCCUCUUCCCUGUGACUGGUGCCUCCAGAAUCAUCGCUGCACGUCCACUGCCGAAGAGGAGUGUCCCAGCGACUACCUGGUCAAUGGGCAUACUAAAAGCGGGUACAACGCACGCUCGGGACCGGAUUUCUGUCCCCGCACUGAACCGGCUGAAGGGUUCGUCGAGGCUGGAUACAUCUUGGUGCCGUCUGGUCUGCUGAGGGAAGUCAAGGUCAAUGUGGAAAAUAUACAGCCGUUCCAGACACGUCUCACCUGUGUGUUCAAUAUUGACGGUCAAGUAGAACGAACGGAAGCCAGUUAUGUGGGCGAUAAGGUGUUGUGUUCACCGUUAAAAUUCGCCUACGACACAACGGCGCCGAAUGUCACUGCGCACUUCGCUGUUGAAUGGGCUGACAGGAAGCCGUUGGAUAACCCGAAAAAUUUGCAUGCCGUUGUGUACAAGUGCUCGAUGAUGGCGCCAAACUGUGGGUUAUGCCUGGAUUUACCGAGCGAGUUUGAAUGCGGUUGGUGCGAGAAGAAUUGCCAGGUAGCACAUCAGUGUCCCGGAGUCUGGUUAAACAAAAACUCCACUUGUCCUAAUCCCGAAAUACAACAGUUUUAUCCGUCGCUGGGCCCAUGGGAAGGCGGCACAAUGGUCACCAUUAAAGGUAUCAAUCUGGGCAAGACUUUCGAUGACAUUGCCAGUGGUGUACAGGUAGCUGGCAGACGUUGCAGUCCCCUUCCAGACCGUUAUGCAUCUACAUCAAGGAUUGUCUGUCAGACGGAUGCUGUGGAGCAGCUUCAAAAUAACCAGAUUCUAAGCGGUGACGUUCAAGUGGCUGUUGCCCAGCAGUUCAUCGCUCGUUCCACUUCCGAAUUCAGUUAUGUCGACCCGCAGGUAAUCGGCUUCUCGCCUAAGUUGGGACCCAUGUCCGGCGGUAUGCAGUUGACUAUUCAUGGUCGUUAUUUAAACGCCGGCAGUCGUGUGGUCGUGAAGAUAGGAAAGAACGUCUGCAAUGUGCAGCAACGGAACGCAACGACCUUGACAUGCGUCACAUCGCGUGCCGACGCGCCGACGCGAGGCUCGAUCGAAAUGAUAAUAGAUCGUGGUCGACGGCAGUUGAAGGAGCCAUUGUUUGAGUAUGUGGCGGAUCCGGAAAUAACGAUAGUCACCUCCUUCGGAUCCGGACAAAUUAAUCUAGGUCCACGAGGCACUGCUUCCGGUGGCAGUUACAUCUUUGUUGAAGGAAGCAAUCUCAAUGUUGUUACCUUACCGCGCAUUGUUGUGCGCUACAGUGGAAAGGAUUACGAAGGCAUCUGCUUGGCAUCAUCCGACAUUCGGAUGGAAUGCCGCAGUCCCACCAUUCCUGCCCUAGAUUCCCCAUUACUUUGGCACGGCUCUAUGGAACGGCCACUGGAACUGCACUAUGGUUUCUAUUUGGACGACGUCCAGUCGGCGCGGAAUAUCUCCAGACUGGGCACACAGUUUCCCAAAUUUAAGUUGUAUCCCGACCCGGUGGUGGCCAACUUCUCCGACCACAACGGGAUUAAACAUCACAAUAAAGAAGAAUAUUUACUUAUUAGUGGUGAGAAUCUAAAUCAAGUGUUUCGGUUGGAAGAUUACCGCGUGGAGAUUGGCUUGGAAGUGUGCAACGUCACCUCUCUAACGCAAAGUCAAAUAAUUUGUCGCCCUCCUCGAACUGCGCCUCUGGCGCGCCGAUUGGAUGGAGAUGUGCGCUGGGAAACGCAGCCAGAAGUCCGCGUUGCCAUUGCUGGGCGACCAGCGGUUACCAUCGGGACCUUGACAUAUGAACCGCUGACUGUUCAUCCUAGCACAACGCUGACUGAUGCACAGACUGGUGCCAUCGCUGGCGCAGUGGCAUUUAUGGUCGUGCUAGUCCUGAUCAUCGCGGUGUGGAAGAAACGAUCACGAGGAAGGGCUACCGCACCAGUAUCCAGCUUCGCAAGCCGCUUAGUUGAGAACAUUGAGCUGUAUGGCAAGUUAAGGGUCAUCGAUCUGCCUCAGUCGCUGUCACACCUGCCAAAUAUUGACGAGCAAGGCUAUCUUAAGCCCAGCGUACAGGAUGACCGAACCCAAUGUCCCCUCAACCAAAGCGACCUUAUUAAUUUUGCUUACCAAAUCUGCCGCGGCAUGUUACACUUGACCAGUCAUGACGUUAUCCAUCGAGACCUGGCCGCUCGCAACGUCCUAGUCUGUGAUAACAAGAUUGUGAAGAUUUGUGACUUUGGAUUGGCCAAGCAAAAUUCGGAAUACUAUCGAAUGAGGGACAAGAAUACACCAAUGCCAGUGAAAUGGAUGGCACCACAAAGCGUCAUGGAUUUGACCUUUUCGGUGAAGACGGAUGUGUGGUCGUUUGGCAUCGUCAUGUGGGAAAUCUUUUCUUUCGGGGAAGAUCCAUACAGCGACAUUAUCCGGAAUUUCUCGAUCGCGGCUAUGCAGAUGACGCUGAGUAACGGAAGCCGACCGCUAAGACCGCUUAAUUGCUCAGAAAAGAUAUAUGAAAUCAUGAAGUACUGUUGGAACUACGAUCCUGUUGAACGGCCCACGUUUGCGGCUCUUAACGGCUUAAUAGAGCCACUUACCGAACAACGUGCACGUGAUACCUAUGCGGUUUUGGAUCAGCCAUAUCGAGCGUUAAACAUGGACUAUGUUACUAUUAACUUAGUUUCGGAAUCCCGCAAGAGCGCGACACAUUACGUUAUUGACUCAGCUUAUUCUGUGGCUCCAAUAACAUCGGAAAUCGUCGAGCUGCAACUGGAAAGUGCCGCGUUUGUGCCUGUUUUCUCCUGUAUCCUGCUCAGCCUUCUGGCCGGAAUUGCCAGUGCCAUUAACGAGACUGGAAUCCCUGUAACAGAGUUGAACAAUUACUGUGGCUUUAACGCCAUCUUCAUUUAUCCCGAUCCCCAGCCUGUGUAUAUAAAGUGCUCCAACUACAAGAACAGUGCCACGGACUAUAACUAUGACAGCGGCUUCCAUCCCAUCAACUACAUGCAAGAUGACAAAGGAGCCAUGUCGCGCGCUAUCGAGGACGCCGUUAAGAAGGUCAAACAACGCUUCUCCAAGAAUAGCUCCACCUUUAAAAUUAAUAAUAUGAAAUUUUACUUCGAAAGCUAUCAACGCUUGUGUGAUAAUCGUAAUUCCUUCAUUUCCUUGCUCACCAUGGCCGCGUCUUUCGUUGUUUUCUCUUGUAUCCUCCUGAGCCUUCUGGCCGAAACUGCCAGCGCCGCCAACGAGACUGGAAUCCCCGUAACAAAGCUGAACAACUACUGCAGUUUCAGUGCCAUCUUUAUUUAUCCCGAUCAUCAGCCUGUCUAUAUCAAAUGCUCCAACUACAAGAACAGUACCACGGACUACAAUUACGACAGCGGCUUCAACCCCAUCAAUUACAUGCAAGAUGACAAAGGAGCCAUGUCGCGCGCUAUUGAGGACGCCGUUAAGAAGGUCAAACAACGCUUCUCCAAGAACAGCUCCGUCUUCUUUGGUUUCGAAAUCAACGGAUUCCAUCCCGACUCUUACCAACAUCGCUAUGCCGAGACAGUGGCGGUCAUCGAUAUCUCCAACAAACUGACAGCGACAGUGGGAACAAAGGAUGAAGUGAAUCUGAAAAUCAAGCAUGCCGGUGUUCGGUUUGAUCCGAAUAACGUUGCCGAUAAGCGCGUCAAAGUGUUUGCGGAGAACAGUGUUGUGCUGCUUAGCUGGAAUUAUUUGGUUUAA